GGAAAUGGCGCACAGGCUAUCAGAAAGCGAAGCAGAUGCCCAAGAAAUCCACUCCCUUCUUCUUCUUCUUCUUUCUUCAAGCUCAUGGUUACCGUCAUAGACCCUGAACCUCGAGGAUUCCAGAGGGAACGGUCCGGGACAGAUGCAGUGCAAGCUCUCACUCUCAGUCGCCCGUCUCAAGUGGGCUCCAUCUGCUCACCCACGAGGUUGCUUCAAGACGGGUCACUCAGCGAAGAAUCUCUCCCAACAUAGCUCUCGGUUCAAGCUCGUGGGGCAGGCCCCCGGUGACAGAUGGAAGCUCAGCGACAUUGAUGCCAAUGCUGUGCAGGAACAAGUAAAUUUGUGGCUAUCGAAGACCCAGAACUUCCUAAGCGAAGUAACUAUCCGGCUAGUGAAAUCCGGUCAUGGAAGAAAACCUGAUGCAGAAGAUGCUUCGACUACUCGAGACGAACUGGAGAUUUUUAUGGCCGAGCAGACUGUCAACAGGAGAACUCCAAAUGGGAUUCUCUCGUUGGAAGCCGUUUUGGCUAUUGAGCAAUUUGGCAGGAUGAAUGGAUUGACUGGUCAGAAAAUGCAGAGGAUAUUCAAUGCACUUGUACCUGAAACUGUGCAUGUGGAUGCCCGCAAUUUAGUUGAGUACUGCUGCUUUAGAUACUUAUCAAGGGACAGUUCUCAUAUCCACCCUUCCUUAAAGGAACCCGCAUUCCAGAAGCUAAUUUUCAUAACAAUGCUGGCAUGGGAGAACCCUUAUUGUGAAGAGGACAAAUCAUAUGCUUAUUCUGCAGAGAAAGCCCUUUUUCAGGAUAAAAUUGUCGGAGAAGAGGCUUUUGUUCGAAUAGCUCCUGCUAUAUCUGGUGUAGCCGAUUAUUGCACAGUGCAUAAUCUUUUCAAGGCACUUGCCGGUGAUGGAAGUGGAGUGUCUCUGAGGUCAUGGUUAACUUACAUCAAUGAGCUUCUCAAAGUGCAUGAAGGACGAAAAACAUAUCAGACACCUGAAACUUUUCAGAUCUCUGAGGAGAAAAUAGUCUGUAUUGGUUCUAGCAGGAAGCAUCCCGUUCUUAAGUGGGACAAUAAUAUCGCAUGGCCAGGAAAAGUUAUCUUAACUAAUAAAGCAAUCUACUUUGAGGCUGUCGGGCGAAAAAGUGCAUCAAGAUUGGAUCUUACAAGGAAAGGAUUGCGAGCAGAAAAGGCAAAAGUGGGUCCUUUGGGAUCUGAUCUUUUUGACUCAGCUGUCUCUAUUUCUUGUGGUCCUCAGUCAGAGACUUGGGUGUUGGAAUUUGUUGACUUGGGAGGUGAAAUGAGGAGGGAUGUUUGGCAUGCUUUCAUCAGUGAAGUCAUAUCCUUACACAAGUUCAUUGAUGAGUAUGCGCCCGAAGCAGGCGACAAGAGUGUGCUCAAUGUGUUUGGGGCCCAAAGAGGGAUGGAGAGAGCAACAAUCAGCGCGGUUAAUAGUGUUGCCCGACUUCAGGUCCUUCAGUUCAUGAAGAAGUUGUUGGAUGAUCCCACGAAACUUGUCCAAUUUUCCUACUUAAUGAGUGCGCCCCAUGGGGACAUUGUUUGUCAGGCCCUAGCUGUAAAUUUCUGGGGCGGACCAUUAGUCACGAAAUUUUCAGAGGCAGGGACUGAUCAACAGGCACCAUCAGCUUCAAUAGAAUUGUCCGAGAGAAUGAGUCCUGUUUUUGACAUAGAUGGGAGCAUUUACUUGAAGAAAUGGAUGAGAUCUCCUUCUUGGUAUUCUAGUGCUUCGAUCGGUUUCUGGAAGAACUCAAACCUAACAAAGCAAGGUCUCGUGUUGAGUAAGAAUCUUGUCGUGGGAGACGCUAGUCUUGUAGAGAAGGCUGCACUUAUGUAUCGAAGGAAGAGCCAAGUGGUCGAAAAGACUCAGGCCACAAUUGAUGCUGCAAUGCUUAAGGGAAUACCUAAUAAUAUUGACCUUUUCAAGGAAAUCAUGCUCCCUCUGACAAUUGUUGUCAAGAAUUUUGAGAAGCUUCGACGAUGGGAAGAGCCAUAUCUUACGGUUUCAUUUCUUGCAUUUUCCUAUACCAUCAUAAUCAGGGAUUUGUUAUCGUAUGUUUUUCCAGCAAUUUUGAUUGCCCUGGCUGCUGCUAUGCUAACGCUUAAAGGGCUAAAGGAACAAGGACGCCUCGGGAGAUCUUUCGGAAAAGUCACGAUCCGUGAUCAGCCACCUUCGAAUACUAUCCAGAAGAUCUUGGCUGUGAAAGAUGCCAUGCGAGACGUUGAGAGUUAUCUCCAGAAUCUGAAUGUCAUACUUCUGAAAAUCCGAACAAUUGUCCUUUCAGGACAGCCUCAGAUAACCACGGAAGUUGCCCUCGUAUUGCUGUCUUCUGCGACAAUCAAGCUGAUUGUUCCUUUCAAGUACAUCUUUGGCUUCCUCCUCUUCGAUCUUUUCACCCGAGAGCUUGAGUUUAGGAGAGAAAUGGUCCAAAGGUUUAUGAGUAUCUUAAAGGAACGGUGGAAGAUGGUGCCUGCAGCUCCUGUAGUCGUUUUGCCCUAUGAGAGCGACGAGUCUAAGUCACGGAUUGAAGGUACGCAAAAGGAUGAGAAUGAUGAAAUAAAUACAGAAAAGAAUCAGAACAAUCGCAAACCUAGAUAGCAGGAUCCACAGCCGAACUGAGAAAUUAUAACGUGACUUUGGACCAGUGGUCUUCUCAUGCAGUAAACAUUCGUGGUCCAGCAUCUAGUUUGGGCUAGAGGGAGCUAGUUCAAGGUCAGGAAUAAAAUCAGAAUCACUCAAGGUGUCCUUAGAUCAGUGCUUGUAUGGAACAUUAUUGUUUCCAACUGUCGCUAUUUUGACUGAAUUAUGCAUUAUAUAACUAGAUUGAAUUUGACGGAGUUAGGCAAUGAUUCUGCAGGAAGAAUAAGUCCUUAGAGGGAAACAUGGUUUGAAUCUGAUCGGUGGGUCUCUCUCGAUGUUAGACUGGGUCUAAAGGAUUUGUUCCUACACUGGUCCUGUCACGGACAUUGAUUUCUAUCGACCCCUUUGUUAUGGACCAGUGGUUCGGAAGAAUCUUUCACUGGGUCAUUUCCGAAGGUCGUCUUUUCUUUUUUAAAUUCGUUAGUGAUACCACAGGAAUGGUUUAUACUUUGAUGUACAGACAUAGAUUGUGGAAAGGCAGUGUUGGAUAAUUCAUCGUC